AAACAUAUACCGGUUUGGAUAACCAUGCAGAAGCGAAUGGAUUAUUUUUACCAGAUUUCACUGAGCGUGGUCCUACUGAUAGGGGCGUUGUCAUGCGUGGUCUCUGCUGCAGAUCAUGGUCAAGGUUAUGGUCGCCAUCUCGGAUCUCAAAGUCGGAGAGGCGGACAGAAUGAAGUCUGCAACACUCAAUGCGAAAUCAAUGGUAUGACGUUCGAUGGGAACAGCGACUUCAGUUUGAGGAACGGAUGUAUCGAGUACUCCAAGUGUCGGUGUUUCUGUGACGGGAAUUGGCGUUGCUAUGACGGCAUCGAUCUUUGCAACCCUGAAAACAAUGCACCCGACCCUAACGCUUGUAAUGAGUGUGAAGUGAAAGGAAUCUACUACCCGAGCAACAGACCUUUCGACUAUAGACGGGGCUGUGAGGAAUUAACAGGAUGUUAUUGCUACUGCAACAGUUCCUGGACGUGCCAAACUGCCAGGAACAAUUGUCCUGAUCGUCAGACUGGCUCACGUGAAACAAACUACCGAACGGGUUCAAGGACAGGAUAUUCAGGUUCAUCUACAUCUGGAGGAAGUACGGGUCAAUCUUCGUCUUCGUCCGCUAGAAAUGAGGAUUCAUCGAAUUCUGGUAGAAAUUCCGGAGCAUACUCUUCGUCAUCAUCGGAUAGAAAUACUGGCACCUCUUCAUCAUCAUCAUCAUCAUCAUAUUCCCACUCGUCUUCCUCGUCUAGACAUCGAACGACGUCGUCGUCAUCUACAUCAGGCGGGUCAAGUGGUGCUGGGAUACACACUGGGUCACGUGAUGGGGAUUGUAAUACAAACUGUUUAGUGAACGGGGAGGAAAUUCCGGCUAACUCGUACUUUAAGUACACAAACAGUUGUAUCGAAUACCAAUCAUGCUACUGUAGCUGCACUGGAUUCUGGCAAUGCUCGGCCGAGACUGGGAUCAACACUUGCUCAGAUCCAGAAUCGGGUUCUGAGCGUGGACUUGGCGUGUUCACCGGUCGUCGGGAUCAGCAGGGAUGUUUUUCAUGUGACGUCCACGGUACAUUCUACUCGCCCGAUACUUCAUUUACCUACCGGAACGGUUGUGUGGAAUGGCAGGAAUGUCGCUGUGAGUGUGAUGGAGGUUGGCAGUGCCAGCCCAAUCGUGCUAGAUGGAUCUGUGAAAAUGUCUGCAGACAGUGUGAAGUUGACGGUCAGACGUAUGACGGAAAUACUGAAUUCCUGUAUCAGAAGGACUGUGUUGAAUACAGUAACUGUGCAUGUAAUUGCGAUGGUUCAUGGAACUGUCCAUCCGAGAACGGUCGUUGGGUAUGCACCGAUCGCUGCUUGCAGUGUGACGUGAACGGACAAAUCUACGAAGGCGGUACAAAUUUUAAAUUCCGGGAAGACUGCUGGGAAUGGGAUCCCUGUAUCUGCAGCUGCAAUGGUUCUUACCGUUGUCCUAAGGAGAACGCCAAGUGGGCAUGUACCGACCGCUGCCUGACGUGUGACGCCAGAGGGAGCACUUAUCAGGGUAAUACUCAGUUUCAGUUGCAGGACGGUUGUUACCAAUUCAACUGUGACUGCAACUGCGACGGAUCAUGGAAUUGUCCAGCCAACAGAACGAUAGACACGUGCAACCAGAACGUCACAACUGGUUGUUUCUAUUGUAGCGUCCACAAUAUGCGAUAUGAAGGGAACUCUUUCUUCUCCCACAUGGAUGGCUGUAUUCGCUAUGAGGACUGCACGUGUCGAUGUGACGGGUCGUGGGACUGUCCAGGUGAGAACGCAGUCGAUACCUGCAGACAAAACGCGACGUCUGGCUGUUACUCCUGUGACGUGUACGGUACUCGGGUAGAGGGGUAUUCGAGAUUUCAGCUGGAGGAAGACUGCUGGCGUUACGAGUGCGAGUGUGAUUGUGGAGGUGGAUGGCAGUGUUCUAACACACAAAUCACGUACAUGUGUGGAUCUCAACAGCAGGUGUCCUCCGGCUGUCGGGACUGCCUAGUGAGCGGAAACAGGCACGCCUCGCGCAGUGUUUUUAAUUUACACUGGGGAUGUAUCAACUACAGUUGUCGAUGUGGUUGUGACGGACGCUGGGAGUGUCCGGCAGAAUCUGCAACAGUAUCGUGUGCCGGCGACUACUUCGAACAGUUCCAGAUUCAGUCUGUGAAUAGUAUCCCGGCAUCCUGGUGUAAGGAGUGCAUCAUCAACGGACACACUUAUCCCGGUAACUCUCAGUUCGACUAUCGAGAAAGGUGUAUCAAUCACCACGUUAGAUGUUACUGUAAUGGAGGCUACCGAACCUCUACUACAAUAGACGAUGAGUGCACCACGCAGUCCCGUGAUACUUCCGUUACUGCCAGAACCAGGAACCAAUGUCGGCAGUGUAUCAUGAACGGAGAGGUGUUCUCUCCUCGAUCCGAGUUUAACAUUGACGUUGGCUGCACUACGUAUCGCUGUAGAUGCAGAUGUAGUGGUCUUCCUGAAUGUACCCCUGGGGGAAACCUUGCCUGUGGGACAGCAAUCAUUGCCAAAGGGUCCCUUGGCAGUAGACCGGGGACUACCGUAGUAAGGGCAGGUGGAAGUCGCACAAGCAGUAGCGGCGGGAGUUCAACCAGCAGCAGUUCUUCAACGAGAUUAACAGGUGUUCAAGGUACGAUUGUUAAUUCGGAUAGGACAGUGAACAGAGGUGGAAGUGUUAGAGUGACAAGCGGAAGUACGACAAAUACAGGCAGACCAAGGGUAGUGACCACUGGGGGAGGAAGUGUGAGAGUGACCACUGGUUCUACGUCAAACAGCGGCGGAGGAAGUGUGAGAUUGACCAGUGGAAGUACGACAAAUACAGGUGGACGAAGGGUAGUGACCACUGGUUCUACGUCAAACAGCGGUGGAGGAAGUGUGAGAGUGACCAGCGGUACAACAACAAAUAGAGGUGGCACUGUUAGCGUGACUACGGGAACUACUGGUGGACAGGGGUCGGUCGUCACUAGGGAUAGAACGACAACUAGGGGUGGGAACGCAUACGGGGUUUUUGUGACCCCCGGCCGAAAUACUAACAGAGGUACAGUGUCCAGUAGCAGAAGGACGAUUACUACGUCAACGGUGGUGAGAGGCGGUACCGGCGGUUCAGCAGUGGUAACGGAAAAUUCAGGCGAAUGUAACGUAUGCAUUGUCGGCAGUGUGCAGUAUGCUACUAACGCACAGUUUGAAUACAACCGAGGAUGCAUUCAAUACCAAUGUACAUGUGCAUGCAGCGGAGAAGCCACAUGUAAACCAUCUGGCUUUAACGAUUGCCAAGCUCAGAACACAGGUGUGGGGUGUAGAAGAUGUGCCGUGGAGGGGAUACGCUACAAGCCGUUAAGCCAAUUUACUUUCAGAAAAGAAUGUAAAACGUUGUCGUGUUUGUGUGAAUGCAGUGGUCGAGCAGUUUGCAUUCAAACUCCUAUUCCUAAUUGUAACCCGGAGAGACCCAUAGACAAUGGUUGUAGACAAUGCCGAGUAGAUGGUCAGUUGUACCCACCGAAUUCCAUAUUUAACACACAAAGGGAUUGCUUAAGGUACACGUGUCAGUGUGGCUGUAAUGGCCUCCACAGGUGUACAACUCCUGUAAAUACCUGUGGGACCUCGGUAGGACAGCCUACACAGGUCUGUCGGGAGUGUGUAGUAGCUGGACAAACAUACACAACAAAUCAGCCGCUCGUGCUUCAGCGCGGGUGUUGGCGACAACAGUGCACGUGUAGCUGUAAUGGCCAACCAGAUUGUGACAGUCAGAGCGCUGAGUACACGUGUGACGACCAGGACGAAGGAGACAACACUGGUUGUUUCCCAUGUAGACUCAAUGGAAUAGACUACCCGCCGAAUAGCAAGUUCGUCAACAGGGAAGGCUGCAUGGCUUUUAAGUGUCAUUGUUUUUGUAACGGUAAUCAUCUCUGCGUAGGUACAGGAACAGAUGAGUGUUCAGGCACUAAUAGCGGAACUUUGGUAAACGUAGGUCAGGGAGGUACUAGUGUUGUCGGUAGUACGACUGUGCAUGUCGGCACAAGACCUUCAGGAACCAUACCAAAUGGGGGAGGGUCAACCUCAACACGUACUGUCAUCACAUCGAAUCGCGAUAGAAGACCAACUCGUGUUGAAACAACUAGAACGACAACUGAAUGGCGAGAGGAAAGAUUGCGUAGGGAAGAAAUAGCACGACAGGAAGAAGCUGAGCGUCAGGCUUUCCUACUUGAGAGAGAGACAUUGAGACGAGCAGAAGAAGAAGCUGUACGUCGUAGUCGAGAAGAGGCUGCACGCCAGGAAAGGGAAGAAAACGCACGCAGACAAAGAGAAGAAGACAGCCCGUCGCGAAAGGGAGGAAUUGGCUCGACAAACCGUGAGGAAGCUGAACGAGUCCGAUUCCAGGAAGAGGCUGAAAGACGUCGAGUGGAGGAGGAGGCGGCUGAAAGACGUCGAGUCCAAGAAGAUGCUGAUCGACGCCGAAUACUAGAGGAGACUGAAAGAGAACGAAUCCAAGAAGAGGCUGAGAGGCGUCGGGUACAAGAGGAAGCUGAGCGGCGUCGGGCUCUUGAAGAGACUGAAAGAGAACGAGUCCAGGAAGAGGCUGAGAGGCGUCGGGUGCAAGAGGAAGCUGAGCGGCGUCGGGCUCUGGAAGAGGCUGAACGAGUAUUAGCCCAAGAGGAAGCUGAGCGACGUCGACUACAUGAAGAGGAAGAGGCUGAACGCCUGAAUCGUGCUGAAAUUGAGCGAAGAGAAAGGGAAGAAGCUGCUCGUCGAGAAAGAGAAGAAGCUUUUCAUCGAACGAGGGAAGAAGAAAUUCGCCGAGAGAGGGAAGAGGUAAUUCGCCGAGCGAGGGAAAAAGCUGAAAACCAACAACGCCUAGAAGGAGAGGAAGCAGCCCGUGAACGAGAACGGGAGCGUGAACGAGAAAGGGAGCGUGAACGAGAACAGGAGCGUGAACGAGAACGGGAGCGUGAACGAGAACGUGAACGAGAACGGGAGCGUGAAAGAGUGGUCGCUGAAACUGAUGAGACUAACUGCAAAGUUUGCAUCGUUGAUGGAAAAAGAUACAGCGUAAAUGAUAUAUUUUAUGCAGACAGGCGUUGUAAACGUUAUAGAUGUACAUGCUACUGUACCGGACGCUAUGCAUGUAUGACAGGAAGCCCCAUCAAUAUAUGUGAUGAUGAUGGAAAUAUAAUUGAAUCUGCCAAAACCUCGACUACGGUAGAAACGACUCGUACAGACAAUAGUAGGAGGCAAACAAGUGGAACGGGAAGUACAUCAAGUCAAACAGAUAACUCAUCUGGGAGAAGGACCGGAACAGGAACUAGUACGUCACGCCAAACAACUAGAACACAAGGCACACAAACGGUCACAACUUACUACGAGACAUUUGAAUCUCGCCAAGGCAGUUCAGUCACGAGACGGAAUGGCGAAGAUGUCCGUGCUGGUCGUUGCGGUCCUUGUGUUAUUAAUGGUCGGAGCUAUCCUGGUAGACGAGAGUUCCAGCUGGACGACGAGUGUAAGGGUUUUCAGUGUAACUGUAAGUGUGAUGGGUCAUGGCUCUGCCCAAGACAAAAACCCUUGCGUCUUUGUGGUUCAUCCACAUCCACCUCGGCAGGGUCUUCCGAGACAGUGUCACGUACUACCUACUAUGAAUAUGAAGUGCGACAGGGUCGCUCGGAAGUUAUGUUGAACAGAGAGGAGAUAGAAGCGGGAGGUUGUGGAAUCUGUGUCAUUAGCAACCAGCCGUACAGGGGAGGAAUGGAGUUUCGCUACUUGGAUGGCUGCAAGGGGUUCCGAUGUAUGUGUUCUUGUGAUGGGUCCUGGAAUUGCCCCCGACAAAUACCAACGUGGGGAUGUCAAGGCGGAUCUAUUGGUGGUUCACAAGAAACAAGUGGUAGUCGGACAACAGGCACUGAGACAUCGGGAUCGGAGACUUCAGAGGAAACAAGGACAACUGGAUCUCGAACAGUUAGUACGCAGACAUCGGGUUCAAGGAUAGGUGAUACCCCAAUUACAUCAUCAAGCAGUUCUGGGUCCUUUGAAAGAACAGUUUCAAGAAGUGGCAAUUCAUCUGGUGGAAGAACUUCUGGAAGCAGGUCCGGGUCAACAUCAGUUGAUUCAGUUUCAUCGUCGUCAUCUUCCUCCUCGUCGUCAUCUUCCUCCUCAUCGUCGUCAUUGUCAUCUAAUUCUCAGUUGUUUUACUAUGAAUAUGAGCAACGCCAGGGUACUAGCGAGGUACGAUGGGACACUGAGCGCCAGGGAUGUGGCGUGUGUGACGUGGCAGGAACUAGGUAUGAUGGUGGAUCGAACUUCCGGUACAAUGACGAAUGUAAGGGAUUCAAUUGUUCAUGCAACUGUGACGGGUCAUGGUUGUGCCCCAGUCAGAAACCAAGGAUCUUGUGCCCAGAUCAGUGCAAGUCAUGUGAAGUGAGGGACCGGAUACACGCUUUCAACUCAAGAUUUGUUGUGAAGUAUGACGAGUGUAGAAGUUACAUGUGCACGUGCCACUGUAACGGUCGAUUCACCUGCCUGCCUGAUGACGUCAUCAACACAUGUGAGGGAGCUAUACAGGACCAAGACGAAGAGGAGGAUGAACAAGAUGAAACUUGCAGAACCUGUAUCGUCAACGAUGAAGUAAGACAGCCUGACUCAAGGUUCCAGUACCAAGUUGGCUGCUCGCAUUUUGUGUGUACAUGCGACUGUAGUGGACAUCACGAAUGUUCGGAAGAGAAUGUUUGUUCGGGUGAGGAAAGACCGGACGGUUGUCUCGAUUGUGUGAUAAAUGGUACUCACUUUCCGCCUAGCUCGCCUUUUCAAUACACCAAGGACUGUUAUAGAUUUAAUUGUGACUGCGCGUGUGAUGGUUCAUACGACUGCCCCAGCCGUGACACGGAAUAUGUGUGUGACGGCGGCUGCCAGAACUGUAUCGUAAACAAUCGACCAUUUCGUGGUGGCUCCAAGUUUCAGUAUGAGGAUGACUGUUUCCUGUACGAUUGUGACUGUAACUGUGAUGGAUCAUAUAACUGUCCAGCAGAAAGAACAGUUAACACGUGUACUGAAGAACCCAAGCACUGUAAGAAAUGCCACGUGAACGAAGAGCUUAUGAUCCCCGAUACGUUUUUCCAAUACGACGAAGGAUGCUUACGAUUUAGCUGUGACUGUCUCUGUAAUGGGUCCUACAACUGUCCCGCGAGUCGAACAGAAAACAUGUGUGGGGCAGCAGUGGGAUCCGGACCGUGCACUCAGUGUCUUGUUAAUGGGACUGCACAACAACCAAAUACGGAUUUCUACCAUACAGAUGACUGUGUACGCUACCGUUGCCACUGUGGCUGUAAUGGUGCGUGGGACUGCCAUUUCGAAUCUAAAAUUCCUAACUGUGGGGAAAAUGGUCAGAUUGCUAGGCGCAACGGGAGACAAGAAAGAAAGCGAUGCCGCGCAUGUGUAGUUGAUGGUAGACGGUAUCGUCCAAAUAGUCGAUUUCAGUACACGGAAAAAUGUGAUAGGUUUGAAUGUAAAUGCGGCUGCGAUGGGUCGUACACAUGUCCGGCUGGGCUCACGCGUAAUGUCUGCGGAGGUGAUGUGGGUUGUAAAGACUGCAAAGUACGCGGAACGAAAUAUUCCGGAAACUCGGUGUUUGUGUUACGUGAACGUUGUCUUCAGUACCGCUGUUUCUGUAGCUGCAAUGGAGAGUGGGAUUGUCCAGCAGACAGGGCCAUUGACAUAUGUACUGGACGAGGCUAGCUUCUCUACAUGCAUCCCACACAGGGUUAGCACGUGUUAAAUUGAAUUAGACAUGACUUUAGGUGCUGUACAUACGUGUGAAGCUGAGGUACACGUGCACUUUACAAGGUGACUCUUCGGUUAUGGUUUAAUGAACAAAGUCAUGUCAGAUGAGGCGUAUUUCCACUCAGAUUCGUUCCACACGUAACAUAAGUAUGAUAGAUGUAAUUGUCAUUCUCAUUUUCCUCUUCGUAGGACUUUUUGUACAAAAGCACAUGCGGACACCAUUAGAACGUGUUUAGAGGUUUUCUAGAGUUAUUUCCCUUCGUUACACAUUAGCGAUAGCCGAAUGGUCUCGGAUUGGCUCACGGCCACUUAACCGUUCACUGAAAGCGCCACCUUCAUCCACGUGCGCGUGUGCACUAAGCAGAAAGAGUACUGUUUAUGGCUGUUUAUUUUCACGUGUAAAAUGGAAGGGAGUAACUUCAUGUAUCUACAAUAAGGUCAAAUGUUAGUGUCAAAUAAUGGUCGAUAAAAAUAUGAAUAUUCAUGCAAAAACAAAGGUUUUCAAGCAAGUACCCAUAUGGGUCAAACAAGUAAAACUUAGAGAAGACUCAAUGUGCACCGACGAUGGUGUCAAAUACUAGAUUGGUUCACCUCUGUGCACACUGUCAAAGAACUUCCUUCACGUGCACGGAAAGUUAAUUAUAAUUAAGAGUAGUGGGUGUUAUCCCUUUGCAUGCGGAAAUGACUAGUUCUAAAAUAAGAUAUGUGUAUCUUGUUAGCUUUUUUAUCUGUAUUAUUCAAAUCAUUGGGAAUUCGCACAAACAGAAGGAAAUAUAUUUCUAUAUGUUUUAAGGUUAAUCAACUAAGCUAAGAAUAUUUAAGUAUUUUAUAAUUUUGAGUGAUGAAAUGUGUACAUGUAUACAACUAUGAAUAUUUUUAUAAUUAAAUUUGUCUUUAAUGACAUUUUA